AUGUCGACAACACCCAAGAAAUCAGCAGGCGUCAACGGGACAACAGGGCCUAACAACAGGGCCACACCAGACAGAACUGCAGCGGCCAAGUCUUCGAAUGGCCUCCAACGAACCCCCUCUGGCCGCGGUUCUCCCGUCUCCGCUCGUGCUGCAGCCCGCAAGCCUGGACGGUCAAACCUAAGUGUCUCCAAUGUUCCCAAGAUAUCCAGCACAGGGACCUUUGACGACGAUGCGCGAGCCCAGAAUGCGGCUCUGAUCGACGAGCUGAAGGAGCAGCUACAAAAGGCCGAGACGGCGUCGGAACAAUAUCAGAAACAACUUGGGGUUCUGCAGUCGCGCCUAGAUGAUGCUAUUGCGGAACAGCAAAAGCUUGAGGACCUAGCGCACGAAAAGGAUAGCAGUAUCGAGGCUCUGAAUGCCGAAAUCCGCGACCAUGCCCGUCAACUUCGCGACAUGGAGCAAGCGCACGAGCAAGACCGGAAUGCCAUGUCGCGAGAUAAGGAGCAGCAGGCAAAUAGGGAGGAGGAAUUGCAGGCAACCAUUCAACGUUUGAAGGAGUCUCUUGCUCAGAAGGAUAUUCGCGGGAAUUCCGACGGCGACAAGAAUAUUUCGAGAUCCUCGAGUUUUCGGAAUCGAUCGUCGCCCGAUGUUGAUAGUGGACAGUUCGCACCGUCGUCCCAGAUUGAGCGCAGCCCUUCGAGAAACAAUGCCAAGCUUCUGUUGCAGAAAGAUAAAUUGAUCGAGUCCCUGAGGCUGGAGCUUGCAGAAUCCCAAAUCAAACUCGUCGAAAUGGAAAACCAGGGCGGGGGUCGGCAGCAUGAACUUGAGCGAGAGCUCUUGGAGGCAAGAAUGGCCAAUGCGCGUCUGAUGGAAGACAAUGAAAGCUAUCAACUGCUGCUCAGUGAGAAGACACUCAAUGGCGAUUUUACCAAGGGUGAUUUCUUACAAGAGGCUCCUGCAGGAAUGCCUCAAAGCAUGAGCGGAUCUCUCGCGGACGAACUCGAGUCUGUUGGCGAGGGUAACAGUAACAAUGCGGAAUUCCGCCGGCUCGAGGCUGAAGUGAAGACUCUCAAGGAUCAGAACAAGGCCCUCACUCUCUAUAUCGAACGGAUUAUUGGCCGUUUGCUGCAGCACGAAGGGUUUGAGAAGAUUUUGGACAAGAAUGACGGUCCACUGCCAGAUCCAGGUGCUUCAUCAUCCAAGACAGACAAGGAGCUGCCGCCGCCGCCGCCUGAGAAAGACGAGCCCUCUCUACUGCAACGCGCACGAUCUGUUAUAAUGCCUGCCCAGGGGCCCCGUCCCCAGCCGAGGUCGCGACCCGUGAGCGUGAUGCCGCCACCGACAUCCGUUCCAACAGCUCAUGAAAACCCGCAGACUGCGCCUAGCAUCCCUCUAGGACGCUCCCAAUCCGUCCGUGCGGGCCACCGCAGAACCCGUUCUGAUCAAGUAGGCGAUCCCUUGGCAGCGGCGGUUGUUGGACAAAUGUACCGCGGUCUUUCGGGGACCCGAAGCCCAUCGGGCGGGCCUUUGAGCCCGACCACCAUCGGACCAGGCUCGCGACAGAGCGGGUUCUUUGGGCCUGGCUACAUCGCUGGCGGAAGCCAGAGCCAGCGGGCCCCAUCUCAAGGUAGUCAACCUGACCGCAAGCGGCUCAGCAGCUCCGACAGCCUCUCCAGCGAUGCCAACGCGGAGGUGAGCUCUCUGGGAGCGACAUCUACACCGCCCAGUCGAUCUAGCAGCAGUAUGAACAACUAUACUGGCGCAGUGAUGACGCAGAAUCGAUUGCGGCCUCUGCGACUCGUUCGGGAGAACCAAGAGCUGGAGAAGCCCUCUGAAGAUGACGAGGCUGGUAAUAAGCGAGCCAACAGAGCCAGUUGGAUGGGCUGGUUCAAUCGUCCAACUUCCAACCCUGCUCAGGAGGAAACCCCCAAACAGUGA